CCGAACAAGUAGGGGACUAGCGACCAAAUAUAAAAGAAAGAAAAGAAAAAAAAAAUGGCCUCCCCUCACCUGUUCACCUCCUCUCCUUUUCCCCCACAAUUAAUUUGAUUCUCCCAAUGGUCUUCUUCUUCAUUGGAUUGUACAGAUUCCCAUCUCAAAAACUCAUCUAAAUCUGUAAUUUUUCCCCCUUUCUCCAUUCCUUGUUCUUCUUCUUCUCCUUCCUCUUUUUUCUCCUAUUUUCACUCCUCUUCUCGUCCUUUCCUCUUUUUUCUCUGGAUAGAGAAGACCCAUGGCUUGUGCUUGGUCGUUGGGAUUUGAUUACAUGAAACUCUUUUUUACAGCAAUAGAGGAUAAGAGCUCUUAAUUUCUCAGUGAUUUUUUUUGUCUAAAAGGGCUCUGAAAAUAUUUUCUAAAAAUAUAUACAUAUUGCUGCUUUGAAUUUUCUCGGAAUUUUGAUUUAAAAAAAGAAAAAAAAACUGCUCUUUCAUCUGUGUAGUUUUUUAAUUUCUACCGGAAUUAAUUUGUGGGAGGAAGAGACAAGAGGCAUGGGGAAACAUGGACCUUGCCGUCAUUGCGGAGUUACAAGCACUCCUCUUUGGCGAAAUGGACCGCCAGAAAAGCCGGUUUUAUGUAAUGCAUGCGGCUCACGAUGGAGAACUAAGGGUUCUUUGGCAAACUACACUCCUUUGCAUGCUCGUGAACCGAUUGAAUGGGAAGAACCCAAGGUUACUAAAAUGAAAAGUAUUUCUUUUAAAACCACAGAACAGAAACUGCAAAAAAGAAAGCAUGUGAAGGGUAUAGUGGAAAAUUUACGUGAAAUACCUUUUUCAGAAUCAGACCAAAAUUACAUUAGAAAUUUCGAAGGGGACGCUAGCAAUCGAUCUAGUUCUGGAUCUGCAAUCUCAUACUCAGAAAGCUGUGCAAAUUUUGGUGCCGUUGAUGCAAGCGAUUGCACAGGUUCUGCACAGUCCAAUGCCUGGGAUUCACUAGUGCCAGUUCCAUCAAAAAGGAGAACUGUUAUCAACUUAAAACCUUCUGUUGAGAAGCUCACUAAGGACCUCUAUUCUAUCUGGCAUGAACAACAGUCAUCUAACCUAUCCGGAUCCUCAGAAGAAGAAUUACUUUUUGAAGGUGAAACUCCGAUGGGCUCAGUGGAGAUAGGACAUGGAGGUGUUCUUCUUAGGUAUCCGAGUUCAAAACCUGUCGAGGAGGAAUCUGAGGCAAGCUCGCUUCCUGUUGAUAAAAAGUUAAUUGGUGUGCCCAAUUCUAGAUCUUCGCCCAGUUUUUUAGAUAAUGAAAGCAAAAGAAUUAGUUUGCCCAAUCCUAGCAUAGAGAAAUUUAAGAAGUCUACAGUACAUACGGCACAAGAGCAUGCUCAAAGAGACAAGUUUUCACUGGAGAACCUUGACAUACUGCGGAAUAGAGAUUCAGCUCUUAUAUUUACUGAUCUUAAAGACAUUAUUAAUCAUGAGGUUUUCAUGGAACAUAUGACAAAGGAGGAACAACAACAACUGAUGAAAUAUCUUCCUUCUAUUGAUACUGCGAAAGCUACUGAGAGCCUCAGAUGCUUGUUUUCUAGUCCCAAGUUCUUGGAAAACUUUUCUUAUUUUCAGCAACUUCUCCAAGACGGAAUUUUCGAUCUCUCCUCUUCACAAAUAAAUGUCGAAGAAUGCAGGAGUUUGAAGAGGCUGGUUUUAUGUAAUUUUACUAAAUCUAGCUGGGUGCAGCGCUAUGAAGAGUUGAAGGAUAUUAAGCAGAAGCACGCCAGGGGAGUAAAAAAAGGAGUUGGGACAAACUUUCUUCGACAGUCCUAUAUAAUACCCGUAAAGAGGUCUCAAGAAAUCCAAAACCAGCAAUUGCAAGAGUCCAAGGGCUCUAUGAGGAGCCCCAAAAGAGCGUGCAGAUCCAGCAACACCAAAUUUUCCUUAACAAAAUCAUCAGUACUGAAUCCUAAUGAGGCAGGAUCAACAGAAAUAGUUGAUACUGAAGACUUCCUGGACAAUGAAGGGUCUUGCUUCAGUCCAAGAAGUCUCUUCGCUUCACCACCUGAUCGGAGCUCGAUGCUGCAAUUCACUGAUGAUGGCUCUGAUCAAAACUUGCUCCUCGAUGUGCGAUGCAGCACUUCUUUUCCCGAUGCAGAGCUCCUUUACCACCACCCAUGGAAGCAGAAAACAAAAUCAAACAGCUCUCUAGUUGAGAACAGUGCUGUGGCUGACGAAGAGAGCCUUUCCAACUUCCCAGCUUCUGGCUUCCAUGGCUAGCACCUGAAUCCAUGUAAAGGAGCAUAAUCAACAUAGAUAGAUCAUUUUCUUCCUUUCUCUUGAAAUUCUUACAGUUAAGUGGGUACAUGCUACAACCAGUGGAAUUCUUCCUAUUUUUGCUUUGGCAUAAGGGUGCUUUUUUUACUCUCUUCUCUUAUCAUCUGCUUAACAUGAGAGCUUGCAGUUUUCCUUAGAAUUGGCAUGGCUUGGAUGUAAAAACCUGUUUUCUUGUAUAUGGAAGGAUAUAGCUGUAAUAUAUGGCUCAGGGAGCAAAAGAAACCCCUUUUUUAUGGAAUUGGUGGCUCCAACAACAAUGGUGGAGCAUUUCCUC